AUGAGGCAUCUCGGCUUGCAAAGGACGCGCGUGUAUAUGGCUGGAGCUCCUGGAGGAGGUACCAUUGCCGCUCCUGUCCAUGACUUUAUUGCACAGUGUCUUGGGAAGAGCUGUUCCAUGUCGUUCUUGGCAGCUAAGAGCAUUGAAGAGGUUGUCGAAAUGUUCCGAGCGCCGGAAUUUGCAGGCGGCAUCGUGACUAUGCCUUGGAAGAAGAACAUUAUUCCUCACCUCGAUCAUGUCGACGAUAUCGUGUUGACCCUCGGAGCUUGUAAUCACGUCUCAGUGAACGUUGAUGGCACUCUGCGUGGAACGAACACUGAUUGGGUCGGGGUCAGAGACGCUCUACUCGGGGCACAUACGUCAGCUUACAUUGUUGCGGGGCGAAGAGGUCUCGUUGUUGGGGCAGGCGGCGCGGGUCGAGCUGCGGUGUAUGGCCUGACGAGCCUUGGCUGCAAGGAUAUCUACGUGGUCAACCGAGAUGCUAGCGAGGCCGACGAGCUUAUCCGGGACGUGCAGAAUUACGAGACGGCGAGUCGACCUAAUGUUACGCACAUAGAGACUGUUCAGCAAGCUCGAGGUCUCCAGCCUCCGCACUACAUCGUCGGCACCGUGCCCGACUUCGAGCCGACAACUGCAUCGGAAAUCGAGGCUAGGGAAGUCUAUGUGGAGUUUCUGAGCAAAGAGAGGUCGGACCAGUCAGUCAUGCUUGACAUGUGCUAUCACCCACUGCAGACACGCAACAUCCGGCUCGCGCAGCAGUAUGAAUGGCCCACUGUCGACGGAGUGCAGGUUGUCGGACAUCAGUUGAAAGCUCAGUGGAAGCCUUGGAUCGGCGGAGAACUGGACGAAGAGCAAGAGAAGGCUGCUUGGGAGAUCCUGCGGAGCUGUGCACUGUCAGAUCCGACAGUCAUUCCUCAGGAAGCGAGAGUCUGA